AUGACCGACGCAAAGAGCAAGGACUCCAACCCCAUGCGGGAUCUCCGCAUUGAGAAGCUCGUUCUCAACAUCUCCGUCGGUGAAUCUGGUGAUAGGCUUACCCGUGCCGCCAAGGUGCUCGAGCAGCUUUCUGGUCAGACUCCCGUCUACUCCAAGGCCCGCUACACCGUCCGUACCUUCGGUAUCCGUCGUAACGAGAAGAUCGCCGUCCACGUCACCGUCCGUGGCCCCAAGGCCGAGGAGAUCAUCGAGCGUGGUCUCAAGGUCAAGGAGUACGAACUCCGCAAGAAGAACUUCUCCGAGACCGGUAACUUCGGUUUCGGUAUCUCCGAGCACAUCGAUUUGGGAAUCAAGUACGACCCUGCCAUCGGUAUUUACGGAAUGGACUUUUACUGCAUCAUGUCCCGCCCCGGUCUCCGUGUUGCUAAGCGCAGGAGGUGCCAGUCCCGCAUUGGUGCUCCCCACCGCAUCCACCAGGCCGACACCAUGAAGUGGUUCAAGGCCAAGUACGAUGCCACCGUUAGGUAG